AACAACAACUCCGACUUUGUCGUGGCUGCCGUGGCUUUGGUGGUGUCCGUCGUGGCACUGCUAGCCACGUUCAUGCAAGUGCUACAGCAGUACUAUGCGUCCGCUCAGGGCUAUUCACUUUGCAAUGAAAAGGUCAUGGGCGGCUGGGCCAGGACCAAGACGAGACGGUUUCGCUUUGAUGAACUGCGAUUUGAGGUUCAAUUCGACGUGCCCGUCAUUUUCGUCUCGCCGCCAACAAAUAAGCAUGGGCCCGUUGUAGAUGCUGACAUAUACUAUCUGGAUGGCAGCGAACAGUCCCAGAAAGACACAAACACAACUGCAAAAUUGGAUCUGCGCAAAGCAUACCAUGAUAGGUCCAGAAAAGAACAAAUUCACACCUCUGACAAUGAGAUUGCCGCCUGGUAUGUGCUGCUCUUUGCCGCCCAGCGCAUGGAGGUUGAAUCGCGAGAAUGGCAAGACGACGAAUACAAGGAUUUUGGGCCUCCAAGUAACCUUUUUCCGCCCAAGCCUCCAGCACUGGCGGACCAUCACACUCUAACAAUUGCUGUCCAGCGAAAACGCAAGAGCUGGGAUACCAUGCCCAUCUCUGUUACUAAGCCCUAUGCCACCACUACCAUGUGCCACUUGAUAGAGAUGAUGGCGGCCAUUGGCGUGUACUGGAAGGAGUUUGAUCGCAAGCGUGAUCGUUACUGGGGCGAGGGCAACGGAUUCAUGAUCUUGGGCGAAAGGCUUAGUGACCCCGGGCUCAUGUUCUCGUUCCAAGUCAAUGGCCAAUGCACCUUUAAGCGAAACCGUGUCGUUCCCGUCGACGAGAUCAAGGAACUGUGCUUCGGCUAUGUUCCCACCGUCUAUCGUGAAAAGGAUGAUCAGCGGCGAUUGAAACCGCCAAGCGAUGAGCAGCAAAAUCUCGCCACCCUCUUGAUGGGCAAUUCGCGAGAAAUUUCCGAGACUUUGACUGCCAUCGGUUGCAACAAUAAUACAACUAGAAUCUUUUUAGAAGAGGGGAGAAGGACAUCCCACCUAUUCCCCAUAUCGUUUGAGAUCCUCGGCAUGUUGAGUCGGAUAUUCCACAUCGAGAGCAGCAACUUUACUUUCCUCCCCAAUCCAACACCACAUAGCUGGGACAAGAGAUCGGUUUCCUUGCCCAAGAUGCUCGAGGCCUUUUUUGCAAAGACACAGCCCGGGGGCGGAGAGCAUAAUUCUCCAAUCAUCACGCGGUAUAGGAGACAUAUUACCAAAAUACUAAACUACCAGGCCGAGGAAAAGGCUCUUGAUCGAUGGCUCCUGUUGAAAUCACUCCACGCCGCUCUGGAUGACACUGAUGAAGUUCUCACGGCGAGAACAAAAAUGCAGAGGCAUAACGGCCACGAUACUGAAGGCGAUUCGGACAAGUCGCGUGAUCACCAUAAACCGCACGAUCAACCUUCUGACGCAGAGGUGCACGACAGCCGGCGGGACCUCGUUCAAGAUGUCUUGAGACAUCAUAUCCAGGAAUUACUCCGAUUGCUCAAUCAACAAGAAGAUGUGAAUGGGGAUGGGCAGUCUUAUCGGACCAGCGGACGAGCGCUUUCGCCAAGGCCUCGAGUAAAGGCACCGAUUCGUCCAUUUGACGACGUGGAUGAGGCGGGGCCUGACGAUCGACAGAAAAUUCUCAUGGACGUAUAUUUUGACCAUAUUCGCCCUGCAGUGAAGCUGAAUACUAUGAACGCAAAUCGAAGAAGCAGCAUUGUCAAGUCGCCGCUCUCCAUCAACUCUCGCCCCCAGAGCCUCGCGCGUGAGUCGAUUUUCAAGAACAGGGAGCGGUCGCCUUCAACACGAGGCAACCAUGUAGAGUUCGCCGAUGGAAAGCCAAAGAUUUCUGUGUCGGUUGAAGAGACGCCAGAAACCACAUACGAAGGCUCACUAGCAGACUUGGAGGUCUCGCAUGACGACAUUUGGUGCACACUCGUUUUCCGCAUGAUCUGCUGGCUGAUGCUGCAUAAUUUCAACAAGAAAGACGUCCAGCUGCCCAAGAGCGAG